AAUGGGUUGGUGGAAUGGAAACAAUGAUGAAGAUGAUGCAAAUAAAAAUUUUAGUUCAAAUGUUAAUUCAACAUUUAAAUCAUCAACUACAACAAGAUAAUGCAGACCUGAUCCUUAAGAUUAAAAUUUUAUGAUAUGUAAAAAUAUUGUAAAGGAAAGUUCAACUAUUAAUGGAUAGAGGAAUGAUGAAACAAAAGAAUAUGAAGAAAGAAUUCCUAUAUCUUAAAAUUAUACAAGAAGAAAUUAACAUUACAAUUAGAAUAAUCCAGAAUUUGAUUUUAAUUAAAUGGAUGAAGAAAUUGGAUAAAUGUUUGAAAAUUUUACAAAUAACUUCUUUAAAAAUUUUCCAUCUGUUGUAUUUGGUCCAAUGAGAGUAGAUUUUUAAAAUCCAAAUUAUGAAACAAGAACAAAUAAUAAUUAUACUAAUCAACAAAGACCAUAAUAACAAUAGUCAUUUUAAUCAUAACCAAAAAUCUAAAAGAAGAAGGAUGACAUUUAUGAUUGUUGA